UUUAAGAUACAAGCCCUAAAAAAUAGAAUUGUAGAAUAUAAUUUGUAUUUGUAAUUUUGUAAUUUACUUCAUAAUUAUUGUUUAGUGGAUUACCAAUUGUAUUCAAAUUAAUUUCGUAGAUAACUGAAAAUGAAGGAUGCAUUUCUUCUAUUGUGUAAAUCAUCAGAACCUUCAACCUUAACUAUUUUUUACUAUGGAAAAAGAUGAUACGACCUGAAAAAUGGCAAGAUGUACUAUUACCUGUCCGUGUUGUUUGCGUUUCAAGUUUAGCGCUGAUGAAAUGGAACAACGAUAUAAAAGUAAAGAGAUUGAUAAACUUAUAGAUAAAGAUAAACAUCUGUUACGUCGACAAGUCAAAUUACUUCUGUUGGGAGCUGGUGAGAGUGGCAAAUCAACAUUUCUCAAGCAAAUGCGCAUUAUACAUGGUAUACAUUUUGAACCUGAACUUGUCAUUGAAUACCAACAUAUAAUUUAUCAAAAUAUAUUAAGAGGAAUGAAAGUAUUAGCAGAUGCUAGACAAAAGUUGGAUAUACCAUGGGAAAAUCCAGAUAAUAAUGAGCGUGCUGAAUAUAUUUUGAAUUUUGACAAUCGUACUACUUUGGAUACACGAUUAUUCCUAGCAUAUGCUCCAUCAAUGUACUGUUUAUGGAAAGAUUCAGCCAUUAAAAGGGCAUUUGAACGGAGGAGAGAGUUUCAACUUAGUGACUCCGUUCAAUACUUUCUGGAUAACAUUGAAAAUAUUGCCAGAAGUGACUAUUUACCUACGAAUAAAGAUAUUUUACAUGCUCGGAGAGCUACUAAAGGCAUCUAUGAAUUUACUAUUCCAAUAAACAAUAUUCCAUUUCGAUUUGUUGAUGUUGGCGGACAAAGAUCCCAAAGGCAAAAAUGGUUUCAGUGUUUUGACUCUGUAACAUCGAUAUUAUUUUUAGUAUCUUCUUCAGAAUUCGAUCAAGUUCUUGUUGAAGACAGAAAAACAAAUAGAUUAGAAGAAUCAAAGAAUAUAUUUGAUUCUAUUGUAAAUAAUGUAAUAUUCCGACGAGUUUCUAUAAUUCUUUUUAUGAACAAAACUGACUUAUUGGCUGACAAAUUAGAAAGAAGAGAAACAAAUAUUAAGCACUAUUUUUCAAAUUUUACAGCUUGCCUAGUAUUUGGUGAGAUCCUCAUAGUUUACCUGAUGUACAAGCAUUUUUAUUGGAUUUUUUUCGCCAAGCAAAACGUGAUCCCAGAAAAUCUUUGUUUCAUCAUUUCACUACUGCUGUGGAUACAGAAAAUAUUAAAGUUGUAUUCAAUGCAGUUAAAGAUACAAUUUUACAUAGGAAUUUAGAAUCUUUAAUGCUUCAGUAAAAUUAAUUAUUUACAGUAAUCUUCCUUUGCACAAGAUAUAUUCUGAUAUCUAUUCCUACAUCUUCCUACAUCAAAUUUAAGAGUUUAGUAGUAAAACUAUUUUUAUUAAAAAUGCUAGAUGUCCAAAAAUAAAAAAUUAAUAUGCCAUCAUUUUUGUAAG